AUGUCAUCGGCGAUUGAUUACCACAAAUUUCGAAAGGGGGAGAGCUGUAGCGAAGAAGGAUGUCGCGCUCGAAAAUUCUACAUUGAGGAUGGUAAAAAGUUUUGUCAACGAGGUCAUGAACAAGCCGGUUUUACACAAACUCAACAAGAUGAAGAUGACUGGAAUCAGCAAGGGAAAAAAUCACGAAAAAGGCGAGAAGAGAAAGAGCAAGUUGAAAAGGUUUUCGGGGGUCGUGAUGCCACGCAACUCUAUUUACAAUGUUACCAAUUAAUACUUUGGAAACAAACUCACUGGCUAGUGACAGUGAAGGGAUUUCCUAAGGAGCUCGAGACUAUCGUGAGAGACUUGUGGGAAUUGAGAUUGAGAUUUUUGCAGGGUUCCGGGGAGGGGAGAAGUGAGUAUGGGACGGAAUUUGGGUCGACGACGGAAGGAGACGACACAGAUACAGAUGUGACGGGUUAUGUGAGUACGGCUUCGACUAUUGUGUGCAGAAAGAAGGCAUCCAGAGCGAAGAAAAAUCUCCCCAAAUUAAUUGAGACUUUGGGGUUUUGUUACCUUGGAACACUACUUUUGAGGUUGCCUACAAGCUUAGGAGAGAUAUACAAAUGGGCAGUCAGGGAUGAGAUUAUAUAUACACGAGCGGUUAAAGAGAUCCCCAAGGAUAUGAGAACUCGAUUACCAGGUCAUUAUUUUAGGGCACUUGAAAUCCACGGCGUCUUAAAUGGGCACCGACUUCAUCAAACAGUACUUCAUAUGGUUUCUUUCUACAAAUAUAAUUUCGAGAUGGUGCUUCCCCCAUUGAACCACAAGCUACUUUUGUACAAGCAUGUCAGAGAUUUGGGUCUUCCAGUCGAUAUUUACACGGCUGUGAACCAUCUUGCCGAGCUUCUCAAAUAUGAUUUUUUAUUCCCCAUCCAUAAUAGGCGUUUCCACGGAACGACUGGUUAUCCGGAGUAUCAACUCAUGAGUCUGAUAAUCAUCGCCACUAAACUCAGCCAGCCUUUUGACGACAUUAUCCGUCACCCGGAAAGCAAAUCAGAUCCCACUGCUGCUAAAAUAAACUGGACUAAAUGGCGGAGUAUUAUGAUUGAAGAUCGUAGUGAAGGGCUAAAGCGCGGAGACGAGAUUAAGAUCACAGAUACCGACGUGUUCAAAUUGACAGGAGCACAGAUGGACGAUUGGAUGAAUUGGUAUCACAAAACCUGGGUCGAUGACAGAGACCACAAAGUUCCUGAGCAGAUUCUGGAGCUUUUCCCUUUACCGGAUAUUCCAUCUGAAGCGACAGUGGGAAUAGUUGAUCCGGAUCCCAUAAAUCGGGCCAAAGAGGUUCAUAAAACUUUAACUCUUCAGAAACCGGUCGCUCGUAUGGAUGAUGAAGAGUCUGAAAACAUCGUACGGCCAGGCGAGAUGUAUAGAAGAUACCGAACGAUCGAGGAACUACCUGAAAGUGCCAAAGCUUUUUAUGAGAUUGCUGCGAGAAACAUCGGGACAUCUCUUCAAAAAUUGGUACACGGCGUCUUUACUACAGAAAUUCGAUUGGAUAAAUGGAUGCUGGAUGAGCGGAGGAAAGAUUUAUCGGAGCAGGAAGAGGGUGAGACAGGACACAAGGAGGCGGAGGAGAGGAGACAUAAAGAAGACGACUCGGAGGAGGAUGAUGAUGCAGAUGUAAGAGGCCCCGAUUUUCCAUCACCACCACCCACCGCAGGAUUAUCCGAUUUCGAGAAUUACUUGCGACAUUUGAUCUUCGUCAAGACCCUUACGGGCAAGACCAUCACCCUUGAGGUCGAGUCCUCCGAUACCAUCGACAAUGUUAAGUCCAAGAUCCAGGACAAGGAAGGAAUUCCUCCCGAUCAACAACGUUUGAUCUUCGCCGGAAAGCAACUUGAGGACGGACGUACUCUUUCAGACUACAACAUCCAAAAGGAAUCCACCCUUCACUUGGUCCUCCGUCUCCGUGGAGGUAUCAUUGAGCCAUCUCUUAAGGCCCUUGCCUCCAAGUUCAACUGCGACAAGAUGAUCUGCCGAAAGUGCUACGCCCGUCUCCCUCCCCGUGCUACCAACUGCAGAAAGAAGAAGUGCGGACACACCAACCAACUCCGCCCAAAGAAGAAGCUCAAGUAA